CGCCGGCCUGCUCCGAGCCCGGGAUGGCUCCUGCUCCGGGAGCCGCACAAAGAUAAUCGCUCAGGAAGUGUCUCAGCCAAUCCCCUGGCGCUUUACAUGCGGAUUUGCCGGGGCAGCCAAUCCGGGGGCGGCUUUCAUGGGGAAGACAGAUCAUCAAGCCCAAGUGCCAAGCCCUCCCUGCCCGAGUACUGAGAGCCUGUCCUCCAUGUUUUAUAAGUAUUGACAUAACACUGUGUUAACAAUGCAUCCACAGAGCUUGGCUGAAGAGGAAAUAAAGGCAGAGCAGGAGGUGGUGGAGGGGAUGGACAUCUCCACUCGAUCCAAAGAUCCUGGCUCUGCUGAACGCACAGCACAAAAACGGAAAUUUCCCAGCCCUCCACAUUCCUCCAAUGGCCACUCACCUCAAGAUGCAUCAACAAGUCCUAUAAAAAAGAAAAAGAAGCCUGGUCUAUUGAACAGUAAUAAUAAAGAGCAGUCAGAACUAAGACAUGGUCCGUUUUACUAUAUGAAGCAGCCACUCACCACAGACCCUGUUGAUGUUGUACCACAGGAUGGACGGAAUGAUUUCUAUUGCUGGGUUUGUCAUCGGGAAGGCCAAGUCCUCUGCUGUGAACUCUGUCCUCGGGUUUAUCAUGCUAAGUGUCUGAAACUGACAGCCGAACCAGAGGGGGAUUGGUUUUGCCCAGAAUGUGAGAAAAUCACAGUUGCAGAAUGCAUAGAAACACAGAGUAAAGCAAUGACAAUGCUCACCAUCGAACAGCUAUCAUAUCUACUGAAGUUUGCACUACAGAAAAUGAAACAACCAGGGACAGAGCCAUUUCAAAAGCCAGUUUCACUGGAUCAACACCCAGAUUAUGCAGAAUAUAUCUUUCAUCCAAUGGACCUUUGUACAUUAGAGAAGAAUGUUAAAAAGAAAAUGUACGGUUGCACUGAAGCAUUUUUGGCUGAUGCCAAAUGGAUUUUGCACAACUGCAUUAUUUACAAUGGGGGAAAUCACAAAUUGACACAAACAGCAAAAGUCAUCAUCAAAAUCUGUGAGCAUGAGAUGAAUGAAAUUGAAGUAUGUCCGGAAUGUUAUUUAGCUGCUUGCCAAAAACGCGAGAAUUGGUUUUGUGAGCCUUGUAGCAAUCCCCACCCUUUGGUCUGGGCUAAACUCAAAGGCUUUCCAUUCUGGCCUGCUAAAGCACUGAGGGAUAAAGAUGGGCAAGUUGAUGCCCGUUUCUUUGGCCAACAUGACAGGGCCUGGGUUCCAAUAAAUAAUUGCUACCUCAUGUCUAAAGAAAUUCCUUUUUCUGUGAAAAAGACUAAAAGCAUCUUCAAUAGUGCAAUGCAAGAAAUGGAGGUUUAUGUUGAUAACAUUCGUAGAAAAUUUGGAGUAUUUAAUUAUGCACCUUUCCGGACACCAUAUACUCCCAACAAUCAAUACCAAAUGUUGUUAGACCCUGCAAACCCAGCUGCUGGAACUGCAAAGACAGACAAACAAGAGAAAAUCAAGCUGAAUUUUGAUAUGACAGCGUCACCCAAGAUUCUGAUGAGCAAGUCCAUGCUGAGCAGUAGCACAGGUCGCAGGAUUUCACUGACAGAUAUGCCACGGUCACCGAUGAGUACAAACUCAUCAGUUCACACUGGCUCUGAUGUUGAACAGGAUGCAGAGAAAAAAGCAACUUCCAGUCAUUUUAGUGCCAGUGAAGAAUCCAUGGAUUUCAUUGAGAAAAAUACAGCUUCUCCAGCACCAACAAGAACAGGUCAAGCAGGGAGCUUGUCAGGCAGCCCCAAACCUUUCUCUCCUCAAGCAUCAACGCCAAUUUCUGCUAAGCAAGAAAGAACUUCCACGCCAGGAAGCAUUCUGAAUCUUAACCUUGAUCGUAGCAAGGCCGAGAUGGAUCUGAAGGAGCUGAGCGAGUCAGUGCAGCAGCAGAGCACCCCUGUGCAGCUCAUCUCUCCCAAGCGCCAGAUCCGCAGCCGGUUCCAGCUCAACCUUGACAAGACCAUCGAGAGCUGUAAAGCACAACUGGGAAUAAAUGAAAUAUCUGAAGCUGUUUAUACUGCAGUAGAACACAGUGACUCUGAAGAUUCUGAAAAAUCUGAUACCAGUGACAGUGAAUAUAGUGAUGAGGAUCAGAAAUCAAAGAAUGAUCAAGAGGAUGGUGAGGACAAGGAAGGUGCAAGAAGUGACAAAGAAUCAUUGAGCUUGAAAAAAAAACCUAAGCCUCCAGCACAGAAUGAAGACAAGGAGGAACUGAAAAGCACAAGUCCAGAAUUGGAGAAAACAGAAGAACCGGUCAAGGAAAAGGCUGUUUCAGACACUGAAAAAGAAUUUUCUGAAAAGGGAAAGAGUUUACAGCAUCCUGCAAAAGAAAAGCUGAAAGGUAAAGAUGAAACAGACUCUCCAACUGUGCAUCUAGGACUGGACUCUGAUUCUGAGAGUGAACUUGUCAUCGAUCUGGGAGAUGAUCAUUGUGCUCGUGAAGGAAGGAAAAACAAGAAAGAAUCUAAAGAAUCUUCUCCUAAACAAGAUGUUGUAGGUAAAACUCCUCCUUCCUCCAGUGCAAGCACCCAGCCUCUACCAGAAACUCCAGUGCUCACCCGCUCCGCAUCGCAGACCCCCCCAGCUGGUGUGACAGCCACCACCAGUGCUGCCUCUACUGUCAGUGCUCCCUCUGCUGCCACAGGGAGCCCUGUGAAAAAGCAGAGGCCUCUGCUGCCCAAGGAAACCGCCCCUGCUGUGCAGAGGGUGGUGUGGAAUUCUUCAAAUAAAUUCCAGACUUCUUCUCAGAAGUGGCACAUGCAGAAGGUACAGAGGCAGCAGCAGCAGAGCCAGCAGUCUCAGUCACAGCAGCCUCAGUCCUCUCAGGGGACGAGAUAUCAGACAAGACAAGCAGUUAAAGCUGUGCAGCAAAAAGAGAUCACCCAGAGCACUUCCACAUCCACUAUAACCUUGGUCACAAGCACUCAGCCUAUUUCCAUGGUUACCAGCUCUGGAUCUGCAAGCACACUUUCUUCUUCACUCAACACAGACUUGCCAAUUGCAACAGCUUCAGCUGAUGUGGCUGCAGAUAUUGCUAAAUAUACCAGCAAAAUGAUGGAUGCCAUCAAAGGAACAAUGACUGAAAUAUAUAAUGAUCUUUCAAAAAAUACUACUGGAAGUACAAUAGCUGAGAUUCGGCGUUUGAGGAUUGAGAUAGAAAAGCUUCAAUGGUUACAUCAACAGGAACUUUCAGAAAUGAAACAUAAUCUAGAGCUGACAAUGGCUGAAAUGCGUCAGAGCCUGGAACAGGAACGAGAUCGUUUGAUUGCUGAGGUGAAGAAGCAGCUGGAACUGGAAAAGCAACAAGCAGUGGAUGAGACCAAGAAGAAGCAAUGGUGUGCCAACUGCAAGAAAGAGGCCAUCUUUUAUUGCUGUUGGAAUACCAGCUACUGUGACUACCCCUGCCAACAAGCUCACUGGCCUGAGCAUAUGAAAUCUUGCACACAGUCAGCUACUGCGACACAGCAAGAAGCAGAUACUGAAAUUAGCACAGAAACACUAAAUAAAUCCUCCCAGCCCAGUUCAAGCGUGCAGUCUACACCCACAGAAACAGCCAGCACUCCUAAGGAAAAGGAAGGUUCAGCUGAUAAAAGCAAAGAGAGUGUUACAAUAGCAACAGGUGUGACAAGCAACCAGCCUAUAAAACUGGUCCAGGUACCGCAGACCACCACCUAUAUUCCAACUACUCAACCCACAAUUACCAUUCCUGUAGUGGUAAGUCCUUCUGCUGGGACAGUGGCAAUGAGAACUGGAGUUCAGUAUGUUCAGACCACAAUGCCAGUCCAAGUACGAAGAGUCUAACUGCUAACAAGAAGUUCAGACAAAUGUUGGAAUAAAUAAAUCUAAUAGAAAUGUGACAAAUAAACACAGUUCUUUGGAUUAACCUCAGAGGUUCAGACUUUAGCUUUGUGUAUGUGUACAAAGCAUUAAUUACACUACAUUAAUGUAAAGCAUUAGUGCUGGCUUAGAAAAGCUAAGGACAGGUAAGAUCCAUGUUAAAUCUAUGCUUCUUUUGUAAAUAAUGUACAAUUUGUGGAUGUCAUUAGAGUACCAUCUCCUUUUUAUAUUUGUAUUGACUUUAACUUAUAAAGAGCGUUUGAAGUUGGAAGAGGAAGGUUUAAAAGAGCCUUACCACAACCUAAUGCUGAGAACUGGUCUUGGGAAACUGCGUCAAAUAAUCUAAUACAGAAAAUUUGAACAACUUUUGCAUUUGGAGUGAAAAAAACUUCUGCACUUUGAAACUCUCGUGGAAUUUUUCUGAACAACCAAGUGAUGAAGGACAUCUCUUUUCACCUAAGUCUAUUAGGCAAAUUAUGGACCUGAAAUCCACAAAAAUGCAUACUGUUUUUCACAAUGACCAGGUUGACAACAAAUAUUAAUGUUGUUUACAGGUUAAAAUUAUUUUAAAAUUCCAUUCAGUCUAAGAUCAGAAAAUUUGCAAAGUGUAAUAGCAGCUGGUUGUAGCAGGAUUUCCGAUUACUGAUAUCAAAGAUUGAGGAAAGUAGUUUGUUGCUAUGCUUCACAGUUUUCUUAUUUUUUAAAAAUCCUCCUGAAGGACUUUGAAGAACUAGGUGUGGAGAAAAACAUGGAUUGGGAAACAUGGGCCAAGGACUUUUGGUGCUGGGCCAGAGCAUGUAUUAUUUAUAUGAUGGAAUUUAUGUUUUUUCUGUAAGCAUGAAGCAGUGCAGUAUGAGAGGAAGUACCCCCUGGAGAUGCUGUCUGUUACACUGAGGCUGUAGUCCCAUUUUGUAUGUUGUGUAAAACGAAAGCAUUGAACAAAGCAAAGGUGAUGUAUGUAUAUGAGAAAAUUUAAUUGUAUGAUAUCAUUCCAGUACAUUCUGUUGUACAUUUUAGUCAUGUUGAUUUCUCCCAUUGUUUAUAUAAGAAUGCGGUUUGUACAGUCUCCAGCUAGUACCCAGAUUAGAGGGAAAAAAGUAUUAGAAGAAAAAAAAAGUGAGAACAGAAUAUUCAUUAAUUGCAGUUGUGUCAAAACUAGCCUAGCUGGCCUUAUUUGUGAAGCAUAAUUGCUUUUAGCAUAUGGAAGUAUUUUUUCACAUUUUCUUUGUAUAAAAUUUGUAUUAAACUUAAAUAUCUUUUUUGACAA